AUGAACAAUUUCCAUAAUGAAAAUUAAGAAAACUAAAAUGAAUCAGAUUUACCAACUAACAGACAAAUUUUAUCCUUUUUAUAAUUAGGAAUUUAACAAUUUGAACAAUUCAAUCUAAUUUUUGAUAGUAUUCCACUUUUUAGAAAUGAUACAUUCAUAGAAGAAGAAAAUAACUCAAGAUUUCUUUAAUUUGGAAGAGCUUAAGUAAUUCUAGAUGGCCAAUCAUCAAGGUAUUUUAGAGUUCAAAAUUUAGAGAAAAACUUUUAAAUAUUUAGAAAUACCUCGAAAAGCGUACUACCCAAAUUUAAAACAAUCAGCUUGAUCCAAAAUAACCUCAUAUAAAAAUAACUCAACUUCGAAAUUUAAACAUAAAUCACGAAUAUUUCAUUAAUGAGUUUGGGUAAAUUAAAUACUCAUUAUUAUUAUAGUUUAGUUAAUUCUAAUAAAAAUACAAAUUCUGUAGACAUUCUAAUUGGUCGAUAAUAUAGUUAAAUUUCAGAUAUUAUUCCAAAUGAUAUAAGUAAUAGAUAAUUUAUUUAUCAGAAUAGUCUUACCUCAAGAUAGGUCUAUAUCUCGAAUUCAUUGUAAGAUAGUUUAUAAUGAUUAUUUCAGAAAAGAUUAAAUACUUGAUCCUUUUCAUUUAAAAAUCUUGAAACUGAUUAAUCUUCCAUCUUAAAUUAAAUCAAGGAUUAGUAAAUUUUUAGAGUAAAAUAUAUUUCUAUUGAUUUAGAAAACCUAAAAUAGUAUAAAUAUAAGAUCUUGGAAGCAUUUGUGGUACUUACUUACGAAUCUUCAGAUAGGAACCUUUCUUAAUUUAAAAAGAUCAUAAAUUUAGUAUUGGAAGUGACACAUACUUUAAUAUUGUUUUUAAUCACAGAUCAAAUUAAAAUUUAAAAUAGAUAGAUGAUGAAUGGCAUAGUAUUAUUUAACAUCUAAAAACAUUGAAACAAUCCUAAAAACAUGAGAUUCAUUCGAGUGAAUUUCUAAUUUUACCUAACAAUUUUGAAACUUUUGAAAAAUUAAAAAGUUUAUCCAUAGUAGAUCUUUAUAAAAAAUUAACUGAAUAUGAACUACCUAUAUUAAUUGUCAAAUUUUCAGGUUAAGGUGUAGAUAUAAAUAAAUCAAUAAAUUUAUUUGUAGGAACGACUUAAGCUGAUACAAAUGACUUUUUUAUAGGGAGAGGAACUGAAAACAAUAUUAAGAUUAAUUCUAAUACAAUAUCAAGAAAGUAAUGUCGUUUAAAAUAUUCUAAGAAGUAAGUGAUAAUUUAAAUUAGAUUAUCUGGAUGGGUGAUAAAUGAUGGCUUUUAAGAUCGUGAUUCAGCAAAUGGAACUUGGAUUAGUUUAUAAACAAUAGAAUAAUCAGAAAAGAUAUUAGAAUCAAAUUUAAUUGAACUUCAUCAUAAUGAUGAAAUAAAGAUUAGUGAUUUUAUUCUCAAGAUAGAGCUUUUGAAAGGCACACAGGAAGGAAUUGGACAUAAAAUAAAUAAAUUUCUUCAUGAUUGAUAAUUAUUAAUUAAAUAAAAAGUGACGCU